AUGGAAAGUUUGGAAAAGCACCUUUAUGAUGUCUUUAAGAAUUUUCAAGGCUAUGAACGCUCAAGCUCUGCAGAAUAUUACCUAUCUGCUUCUGGAAUUGAAGGAGUGCUUACAACAAUUUACCACGGCAGAAUCCAUACAGUAGGAAUAGAUGCUCCUUUAAAUUAUUCUCCCGCCUCUUGCGAUGAAAUAAAUGGUGUGUUAGCUUGUAUAGCAAAAUUCAAAGAAAUUGUCAGGAUGGAUUGUCAAGAACUAAAGAAGCCUGUUGUUUCUUUUUGGAAAAUCAAUAUAAGUGGCAAAAAUCCGUCUCAGAGAGUGCAACAAGCUCAAGAAAAUUAUAUAUGGCAAUUAAUGGUAAUCUUUCCCAAAAACUAUACAAAUUUUGAUGAAGAGCCUUUGUCUAAUACCUCUGAGUUAGUUUACAUGAUUGAUUCAUCGGGUAAUAAUCAUACUUUGCCAGGUUUGAUGAAAUUUUUGUUGAAAACACAAAUUUCAUAUACAAGGUCUAAUGGGAUAUCAAAUACUUUUGGAGGAAUAUUCCCAUCAGCUAUAAUAUGCGAUGCACUCAGCAUUAAGCAGCACGAGAAUCCCUCUCAAAGCUGACUAUGGUUGAUAUUUAAUACAGUAAUGCUGAUUUCAUCUAGAAAUUGUAACUACUUAAAUGAAUUUUCAAAUUUCGACGUAUGCCGAACUAAUAAAAUAUUAGCUAUUUUCGAAGAUUUAGGCAUCAAUUUCAGUAAGUGGGUAAAAAUUGCUAAUUUUUGAAGAACGUUUAGUUCAGAAUGGUUAGAAAUGAUAGAAAAGGCAAUUUUAACCGAGCUACGUGUAAAAUUGUCAUCAUGGUUAAUUUUCGAAGAUCAAGCAAAUUUUUUAGCAAAUAAUUUGAACAUAAACCAAUUGUGUUUGCUAGUAGAGUACAAAGACAACAACAAAGAGGAUGAUGCUCUCCAAUUUAUCUACUCAUUAAGGAGAAGCCAAGAAUUAGAUUCUGAUACCUUUAAAACUCCAAAUUCCAUAAGGAUAAAUCAAGAUGAAUCGCUUACAACGCCCCAGUCAGUAAUUAAGGUAAAAACAAAUUGUUCCUUCGAAACUUCAAGUGCAGAUUUUAUACAUAUAGUUAGAGGCGGAAAUAUCUUUAUUGACAAAACUAUAUUUAUAAAGGCAAUUUUAGAAAACUCUACCUAUAAAAUUGCUAUUCUUAGGCCAAGAGGUUGGGGCAAAUCAGUGAACAUGAGCAUGCUCCAAGCAUUUCUAAAUCCUCAGAUAGGCGAGUCUGAAGAAUUCUCAAACUUAUACUUAUUUACUGGCGAAAGAAAUAACGCUAAUUUGGAUAACUUAGACAAUGAAAAGUGUAAAAACAUUAUGAAAAUAGAUGAUGGAAAGUAUAGAAAUUUUGCAGGGACAAUACCUACUAUUUUAUUUCGUUUUCCCGAAAUUUUAACGUUAAACGCCGAAACUUCUGAAGAAAUCAAGAAUGAAAUAUCAAAAACAUUACGAAAGCAUAUUUCUUCAUAUCGCCAAUAUUUAAAACCAAAAAUAAGUCAUUCUUCAAUAAAUAAAGAUUUUAAGAAGCUAACACUUGAAGAUUUGGACAAAAUUAUUGAUCAGCAAAAAAUAGAUUUACCUAAGGAAAUGAAGUUAUUUAGACUAUAUCUAUCAGAUAGCUCAAAAAUAGAUAUAUAUACAGCAUUGAAUGAUCUUGUUACCAUGCUGUAUAUGAUUCAUGGUAGACAUGUUAUUUUUAUUAUAGAUGACUACGAUAGCAUUUAUAAGCAGGCAGCGGUAGAUGCAAAGCAUGAACAAGAAAUAAUAUUGCUUUUAAGGCGAAUGCUUUACCCACUAGUUUAUUCAGACGAUGAUUAUAUUAGGAAAAUAAUUGUAACUGGAGUUUAUUAUGAUCUGCUACUUACUAUAUUUCCUGGUCAAUUUUUUGCCCCUUUUACGGUUUUAAAUGAGCUUUUCUCUGACUUUUUUGGCUUUACUGAAUCCGAAGUUGAUGAAUUACUUGAACAUCAUUUGGUACAAGAUUCGCACGCAAAUAUAGUUGAGCAGAAAAAACUGAUAAAGCAAUGAUAUGAUGGGUACAGGGUUGGGAGCCAAAAAAUUUACAACCCCUUUUCAAUAAUGUGUUGCUUAUGAAACGCUUCACUGCAUAAUGUAGCACCUCUCCAAACAUAUUGGCAUAAUGAAGAAGACGAAAAGAUUUUCAUUUCAGUAUUCAAUACUAUUGAAUCUCAUAACAAAAUAUUUGAAAUAAUGAAAGCUGGGUAUCUUCGUUUAGAUAGGCCAAUAUAUCAGGACACAAGGAUUAGAGAUAAUGUUUGUGUGCUAUUUCUCUAUGCUGGAUACUUGACACCCCAUGAAAACAAGCCAAACAACUUAGUCUAUGUAGUCCCUAAUAAAGAAAUAAAGAGAUAUUUUUAUGAAAAUUUGUUUACGGCAUGAAUCAAUAAAGUGUCUAAAAAUGAUAAUAUUAAUCAUUUUGCAUGGGUAAAUAAAUAUAUUGAUUGUUUAGAGAACAAAGAACAGCUUCAAAAUCUUAUUCAAACUGAUCUACUAGAUAAUAUAAGCGACAAUAGCAGUAAGAAUGAGGCUUUUUUCCAAACUUAUACAGGAGGAAUAGCUCUUAUAGCAUUAGAGAAAGCACCGGCGCCUAAAUAUAAAUUUCAUGUAGAGAAAGCUAAUCAAUUCGGCAAAAAGACUGAUGGAAUUUUUAUUCCAAUUCCUGGAGAAUCCUCUACCAUCAUUAUUCAUGAACUUAAAAAAUUAGAAGUUGCUCACAAAGAUAAAGUUCAGGAAAGAGCUGAUGAUGCUCUUUGGCAGAUCUACUCCAAGAAAUAUAUGGAUAUUGCCUUAAGCUCGAAGGAGAGUCAUUUUCGUAAUGUAAUUAUUCGAGGCAUUGUUUUUUACAGAAGCCCUUCUAAAGGAAAUUGGGAAGUAUUUAUCAAGGAGCAUCAAUUUAGCUAUCAUGAUGCUGUAGAGGUAGACAAAUACUUUAGAACAGCAGAUGGAAAAAUACUGCCUCAAUAUUCAGUAUUGUGUAGAGAUAAUUGCAGGAUAUACUCCACAGAAAUGGCAAGGGAUAAGCUUGGUGGCAAUGAUAUCGACGAAUUAAUCGAAAAAAUUAUUAGUAAAGACCCAAGUUUAGCUAAUAUAGAUAAGACAUAUCAAGAAGAGACAUUAAAAAGAAAAAUUGACCCAGGAGCUGAAGGCAUAAAAAAAUUCAAAAAGGGAAAAUAA